AUGGGUUGCGGAAUGUCUACGGAGGACAAGGAGGGCAAGGCCCGGAACGAGGAGAUUGAGAAUCAGCUCAAGCGGGACAAGAUGAUGCAGCGCAACGAGAUCAAGAUGUUACUUCUGGGUGCUGGUGAAUCUGGAAAGUCAACCAUUCUCAAGCAGAUGAAGCUGAUCCACGAGGGCGGCUACUCUCGCGACGAACGCGAGUCGUUCAAGGAAAUCAUCUUCAGCAACACUGUCCAGUCCAUGCGUGUCAUUCUCGAGGCCAUGGAGUCUCUCGAGCUGCCCCUCGAGGACCAGCGCAUGGAGUACCACGUCCAGACCAUCUUCAUCCAGCCCGCUCAGAUUGAGGGCGACGUCCUGCCCCCGGAGGUCGGCGGUGCCAUCGAGGCUCUGUGGAAGGAUCAUGGUGUGCAGGAGUGCUUUAAGCGAUCUCGCGAAUAUCAGCUGAACGAUUCAGCAAGAUAUUACUUCGAUAAUAUCGCGCGAAUUGCCGCUCCCGACUACAUGCCCAACGACCAGGACGUCCUCCGAUCACGUGUCAAGACCACUGGUAUCACCGAGACGACAUUCAUCAUUGGCGACCUGACCUACCGAAUGUUCGACGUCGGUGGCCAGCGAUCUGAGCGAAAGAAGUGGAUUCACUGCUUCGAGAACGUCACCACCAUCCUCUUCCUGGUCGCCAUCUCCGAGUACGACCAGCUGCUGUUCGAGGACGAGACGGUCAACCGAAUGCAGGAGGCCCUGACGUUGUUUGACUCCAUCUGCAACUCCAGGUGGUUCAUCAAGACGUCCAUCAUUCUCUUCCUCAACAAGAUCGACAGAUUCAAGGAGAAGCUGCCGGUCAGCCCGAUGAAGAACUACUUCCCCGACUACGAGGGUGGUGACGACUACGCGGCGGCGUGUGACUACAUCCUGAACCGCUUCGUCAGCCUUAACCAGCACGAGACGAAGCAGAUCUACACACACUUCACCUGCGCCACCGAUACCACCCAGAUCCGCUUUGUCAUGGCGGCCGUCAACGACAUCAUCAUCCAGGAGAACCUCCGUUUAUGCGGUCUUAUCUAG